CUGUAAACAACAAAAUCUUGGUCAGUCGUACUUGAUCUACCGUUGGUUGUGCAACGCGUUGUGUCUUCAUUCAUCAUGUUAACGACGAAGUUGCUUGUUAGCGCGCUUUUCUGCUUAGCUGCUAACAUUGACCUGUCCUCUGCGAAAUUCAGGGUGAUCCGAGAAUGGAACUAUGUGAACUUUACAUGGCCUGAUGCGGAGGUUUAUCGGCAGGCCUUCGAAGGGCAACAGUACGUGCCGGAAAACAACAUAAUCGCCGGCUUGAAAUACUUUGAAGACUUUUACUACAUCACCCUACCCAGGAUGAAACCGGGAGUUCCUGCUACGCUGGUACGCGUUCCUGCGGGCCUUUCCAAUAACACCGCGCCGUUGCUAUCGCCUUACCCAUCAUGGGAGAUGAACCAGAUCGGGGAUUGCAAGAGCCUGCAGAAUGUGCAGAAUAUCGAAAUCGAUCCUGCCACUGGACGAAUUUGGAUUAUUGAUGGCGGCAGAACGGAAACAUUGAGCGAUUCGCCAGUGGCAAAGUGCAGGCCGAAAUUACUGGUUUACGACAUUAAAAAGGAGAACUUCGUCCUCACCUAUGUCUUUCCGGAGGAUGUAGCCAGCUUUAAUGGAAGCUUCUUGUAUGAUAUUGUCUUGGAUAAUGCGGACCAAGGAUAUGCUUAUAUUACCGAUAACAGCGGCAGAGACCCCGGAAUAAUUGUGUUCUCAGCCAAAGACAACAAAUCCUGGAAAAUCCGGCACAGCCAGUCAAUGCGCGCAGAUCCACGUGCUGCGUACUUUCGCGUUAACGACGUGUCGAUCAGCGCAUCCCUCAACAUUGCCAGCCUUGCAUUAAGUCCGCGCAUAAAAAAUAGCAACGACAAAAUCAUUGUAAAUGACGAAAGAGAGGUGUUUUAUUCACCACUAUCCUCUUUGCACCUCUACAGCAUCAAUUCCAGCGUGCUGAAGAAUGAACAGUUUGCGGCCACUUUGGGCGAGUUUCAGGGAAAUGUGAAGGAUUAUGGAACGAAGGCGUCUCAAAGUGUGGGAAUGGUGAUGGACAAUCAAGGGGUGCUUUACUACAGCUUGUUGGCGCUCAAUGGCAUUGCCAGGUGGGAUUCUGGCACUCCGUUCCAGACUGGCCAGAAAAUGAUCGCUAAAGACGAAAGGUAUCUCGAAUGGGUAAAUUCCUUCGCCUUUGACGACCAAGGCAACUUAACCAUCCUAGUAAACAGGCUAAACAGAUUCAUUUACCAAAAACUCAGCAUCAACGAACCCAACUUCAGGCUAAUCGCUUCGAAUGUAGGCGGCAAAAGCUACUUGUAUGACGAAAGUUACAACUACGAAAGCUCGCAAACCAGCGAAGCUUCCUCGACAACUACAACAGAAAAAGAAGUACCUGUUCUGAAGCCCGGCACCGAUCAGGACCCGUACUUGUCGCCCCAGCCGGCUGAACCCCAAGCUGAACCUACACCGGAAUCUUCAAUGGGUCAAACGAACGGUUCCACUACGCCCAAACCAUCUUCUGCAGCUGCGGAAAAAGCUGCCACAGCGUUGAUUAGUUUGCUCAUUGCAGGAAUGCUGCUCGUUGUCUGACUAUGUUGGCUGAGCAAAUGUGAUACUUUUUGUUAUAAGCAGUGUUGGAACUGUCGAAAGGUUCUAUUUCAACCGGCUAGAAGAUAGUUCGGCGCAGUAGAUGUUUAAGACGCAUUUUUACGUGGAUUCAACAACAUUCCAUUUCAACAUCAUUAGUUUCUAGUCAGGGUUUUGCCUAUUUUAGUCAGCGUCAAAGAGAUCUUUACUCUUGGACCCAAGUCUCUUUGAAGAACUAUUCUUAAGUUGAACAUUGUACAUACAUUUACCUAAGAAAAAUCAAAUAUUAUGUUAUAGAAAGUUUAAAGAUGACUUUAACAAUACAACAGCAACAAGCGUU